UUGGAUUAAUUAGUUACUCCAUUUUUCAUUGCUUUUUACAUUUCGUUAUUUAAGGGCACUCUAUAUCGUACGAGCAAAUUAACUCGAAUGGACGCCAACGCAUGACACUGCUAUAGACUUUUGCAUAUGUGGUUUUGCUUAUAAUAUUUUGCAGAUUUUUGAAAAUGAAUUUAUUGCUACAUUUUAUUAUUAUUUCUUUGUAUGCUAUAUAAACCAUGCACUUAAUCUAUGUUAAAAUAUUGAAAUAAAGACUGAGUCUUAAUAAUUUUGUAUGUAUGUAUAUAUGUAGGGAAAAUUUUUUGUCAAAGCGUAUGUAUGUAUAUAAGUAGGGAAAGUUUUUGUCAAAGCUGAUUUCCUUGGGCGUCAAUGGUGUAGCUCAUUUGUGUUCGUCUUGUAUGGCACUGCUGCUGUUUUUGUACGUCCAGCUGUGUUCGGUUUGUCCGACAAGAAUGACAAAAAUGAACGAGGAGAGAAUGACGUACACGUAUACAAAUGUACACAUCACCUUUGACAUUUCGGCCUUAAGAAAGUGAUAAGAUAAUCCUUCUAUGAGCUGACGAGAUAUGCGUCAUAAAGUCCGGUCAUAUGUCGCCUCAAAUGAUCGGAAGCCUUCUUGCAGGGACGUGAUUUUCAUAAAAUUGAAUCACCAAUUGUUUCAUUCUACCUUUGUUCCUUUCGUUUGAAAAGCACUUACGUCAAUAUAUUCUCAAAAAUGUAAACAAAAUCAGCUGCUUUCUCAGAUGGUUAUGUUAACAGAAAUAAGAUAUUUAAAUUUUUUAGAGAAUGAAUGUAUCAACGAAUUCGGUCAAGAGAUUUUUUAACACUAAAUGUUAUUUAGCCAAACAAAUACCACGUAACCUUAAGGGAAAAAGUAAAAGCUCACAGGAAUGGCUUAUGCGCCAAUUAGCCGACCCUUACGUUGAGAAAGCGAAGAUGAUGAAUUUGCGCUGCCGUAGUGCUUUUAAGCUUAUCGAAAUAGAUGACAGAUUUAAAGUACUUAAACCAGGCGAUACGGUAGUGGAUUGCGGAGCAGCGCCUGGCAGCUGGACGCAAGUAGCAGUUGAUCGGACAAAUGCCAAUCGCGCGAAGGAAAGCAAUAACACUGGUACAGUUUUCAGCAUUGACUUGCUACACUUUCACGCGGUUCCGGGUGCCACUGUAUUCUGUGGAAUGGACUUUACAACAACUACGGCACAACAACGACUUCGUGAGGCUUUAGCAGGACGUCAAGCGAAUUGUGUGCUUUCAGAUAUGGCACCAAACGCAACAGGUGUUAGAAUGUUGGACCAAGAGAAUAUAAUGAAUUUAUGUUACUCUGUUUUGCGAUUUGCACUGGCAAUAUCCGCGAUAAACGCCCACUUAGUUGUUAAGUUAUGGGCAAAUGGAGACGUUUCGAAAUUGGAGAAAGACUUAGGGCGAUUUUAUGAACAUGUGAAACGCGUAAAGCCGGAAUCUAGUCGUUCGGACUCUGCCGAAUUAUUUUUGGUGGCACGCGAAUUUAAGGGAUUAGAAAGAGCAUUGAAAGCGUCGAAGAUUGAAGGAUAACGAAAAAAUGUUAAUUUUGUAAUAGAAAUUUCGAAAUGACACAUUAAAUGCCAUAAAAGGAAGGAAAUCAUCCCAUAAAUAGUCA